CGCCAGAGCCGCGUACAUUGUGCAAAGUGGCGUUCCCGGGGGCAGUCGCAAUUAUUGCCUGAAUAACGCGGAUAUAAAAUAAAUAUAUAUAGUCAGUGGCAAGGAUUAACAACCCAUAACAAAGGGCUAAUUCCCAGCUGCAGUCAUGGCUAAUGAGAACAAAAGGCUACCAGAAGAGGUUCAGGCCCGAUUGCCUGACUUUAACUUUGUGCGGGAUAAGCUCCAAAAGUUUCAGUCGAAAAUGCUAUACGACUUCGAGCAGCGAUUAUCCUGCACGGUGGAGGAUGUGUUGCGCGACCUUCGACAGCGGGAACUGCGGGAUCACGAGUUCCCAAACUUUGACAGAUCAGACCCCAAGAGCACUUGGAACAAUCGCGUCACAAGCAAAUCGGUCCCGGACGUCAGCGACUCUCCAAAUGGCAAUGCAAACGGAUCGAGCACAAGCCCCACUCAGCACACAGCCGAAAAUCCCAGGCCAAAAAAGCGCACGUUGCCGGAGAAGGUAUUCGUGGCGCGGGAGUCAUAUUUAACUGCGCUGCUUCAGGUGGAGCACAUGCGCACCAUUUACCACAUCUUCUACAUUAUUCUGGUCAUGUUUUUGCUGAACGUCAUAUUCUACGACUACUUUGUUGAGGGACGGAUCGAUCUGGGCCUGGGCACCUUCCAGGGCGGACUUCGACGCCUGCACUGGGUUAUGGGCGUCUGGGUGCUGGAACAUGUAUUCGUCCUCGCUCUGUACUAUGCUUUCCGAGGCUGGGCGCUUGUCAGGCACAAGCUGAAACCGCAGAGCGCCUUGCAACGGUUCUGGACGCACACCUGCCUCAUCCUGUACAUCAGCUCCCAGAUGGUGUUCUGCUAUGUAUCCAGCUCUCUCUGUCUGAAGUUCGACCUUCCGUUUGUCAGUGCAUGCGUUCUUUUGCUGGAAAGCACCCGCCUAUUGAUGAAGAUGCAUGCGUUUGUGAGAUAUAAUGCAGGCAGAGUCGUGGCGGGAAAAGCCAAGACAGAGGACAAAGAGGAGGAGGCUGCCGGGCCACCAUUUAUCCCGCCUCUACACUGUUACACCUACUUCCUGUUUGCCCCAACGCUGAUAUACAGGGAUGCCUAUCCACGCACCCCAGAGAUCCGCUGGAAGUUUGCCCUCAAUCGCCUUUUAGAGGUGGUUGCUGUGGCUUUCCUUUAUGCUUUUAUCCACGAAAGACACAUCCACGCUCACUUUGGCCAGUUCGGAUUGGAGCCGAUGGGAGCCCCACAGCUGAUCUUAAAGCUAUUUGGCAUGAUGCUGCCAAGUGCUGUCAUCUUCUUAUGUGGAUUCUACCUGAUCCUGCACUCGUGGCUAAACUUCACAUCAGAGCUGUUACGCUUUGGCGAUCGAAUGUUUUACAAGGACUGGUGGACGGCGCACACCUACGACGGAUACUAUCGAAACUGGAAUGUUGUUGUCCAUGACUGGUUGUAUGAAUACGUUUACAAGGAUAUGUACACGCAUGUAUUCCGCGGGUCAAAGAUUGCAGCCUCGCUGUCCGUUUUCCUUAUCUCCGCCUUGGUGCACGAGCAGAUACUCGGAUUCGCGCUUCAAAUGUUCUUUCCCGUGAUGUUCGUCUUCUUCGGAGGGGUGGGCGUUUCUUUAGUUUUUCUGAUGCGAAGGGCUCCCAAAGUUUUUGGAAACAUUUUCCUCUGGUUUUCCCUGAUCUUGGGCAAUGGCCUACUAAUCUCACUGUAUGCCAUGGAAUACUAUGCCAAAAAGAACUGCAAUUUAAACUACCAAAGCUGGACGGACCACUUGUUGCCCGCGGUGUGGCGUUGUUACAAUUAGUCAAAAAAAUAAUUAACGAUUUUACACUAUAUGUACACAUGGCGUACGCUUAUUUUUGUAUUUAAUAAUAGAUAAUAAACUUAAUGAAAUUAAUAUCUCUCCAACAAA